AUGGAACCCCAGGCAGAAGAAGGCGGCAUUCGGCUCCUCCCACUCUCAACGUCGCCGGGAAAUCACCGGCGUUCCAUCUGCUCCAACUGCCAACGGCCGAAUCCAGUGUGUCUCUGUCACGCGCUUCCCGCAAAUCCCAUUCCAACCACUACCCGAGUCUUCAUUCUCCACCACCCUCAAGAGGCCAAACACAAACUCUCCACCACUCCAAUCCUCACCAAAUCCCUACUCCACGCCACCGCCAUCACCGGCCGUCGCCUCCGUCGCAACACCUCCCCGCUCUUCGACCAGCUCCCCCCUGCCGUCUACCUCUUCCCAUCAACCACCUCCUCGCCGGCCGUCAACAUCUCCGACCUCAAUCUCUCGGAGCUGAAACGCAAAGCCGAGAACAGCGGCCUGGUAUUGAUUGCCUUUGACGCGACGUGGAAGCACGCCAAGGAGAUGGUGAAGGCGAGUGAGGAGUUUUUGUCCAAAUUCGCGAUUAGGGUUUGUUUAGGGAUGGAAGAUGAGAAAGUGAGUGGGGGAAGUAUUUAUGAUUCUGAAUUGAUUUUGAGGAAGGAACCUUUUGGUGGUUGCGUGAGUACUAUGGAGGCUGUGGCUAGAGCGUUGCGGGUUCUUGAGCCUAAUGGGGUUCAGAUUGAGGCUACACUCAUUGGGAUUUUGAGGGAAAUGGUGAAUUUGCAAGUUAGUUUUUUGAAGCCUGUGAAGCCUAGACCCAAAUUGUUGAAGAAGAAACAACUUAAGGAAGUGGAAAAGAGUGAGACCUCUGAAAAUGGUUAG